UUCAGCCUACCUAUAUAAGCCCACCUGUCCCAUCCACCAGGCAGUCUCUGCCUUACAGGUGCCUAGGGGCCACCAUGUUCGGUCCCUCCUGGCAUCUGGGUUUGGGGUUGGCAUUGCUCCUGGGGCAGCUGGCAUUUGAGGCGGAGGGCUGCUGUGAGCGCCAGGAGCCCCCUCCAGAACCAAGGUGCUGCAAUCUCAAAGAAAACCUUCAAGAAGCGCACCAACAACAGCGGUGCCACAAUGAGGAGCCUUCCCCUUCGGAAGAGCGAGAAGAGGCAGAUGACUGGGACUCCCAUCUAGAGUUUAUGGAUCAAGUGAGGAGGAGGCAGCUGGAGGAGGCUGCGGCGUACGAGGCCAAUGUGAUCCCAGACUACUACAAGCGGAUGGCCGUCUCCCACUACAACGACCACAGCCCUGGCCCUUACUACCGACACCUGGAGGACACCCAACUCAAAGUCAAGAAAGCCAUUGGGACGAUGGCUUACGUCCGUCUGUUAUUGGAGAAGACCAACUGCUUCAAGGAUGACCAGAGGGACCGGUUUGUAACCUUUACGAACGAAUACCUGGAUUCCUUGGGUUGCGGACUGCCCCUUGAAAUGGAGCAGACGAAAAUGGAGUGCACCUUUGGCAUUUUUAUGGACGCGAGAUCCGGACACGAGGCGGUGGUUAGCCACAAAUGCGCAGCCCUGUGAAACCCUGACGAAUGGAAAUGAUGGUUUUUCGGACGCUGUUUUCAGAGGCUGCCAGCCAUCCCUCCAAACCCACCGUGAAAAUCACUUAGAUGCAAGCCGUCCGAUUCUGGAAACUGGACCCUUCUCCUCCAUCUAGACUAGUCUCUGCUAGCUCUCCUCCUUUUGCCUGGUUCCCAAAUAGAAGAA